AUGAAUGGGUGUAAAGCUUGUAAACAUAAUAUUAAAGAUGCAGAUAUAUCCAAUCUCGGAGCUUGUGGCCAAUGUAUAAUUGAUGCAAGUAAUUUCUUUUGUGAAUUCCCACAAGAAAAAGCCAGACCAGUAUUGUUUGAUUAUCCUAACAAGGAAUCUUCAAUGGUCCUUGAUAAUAAUGACGACUCGUUGUUCCACGAGUUUUUUUUUGAAGAACCAAUACCUGAAACAACAUUGGUUAUGACCGGAAUUGGCAAUAACCAUUAUAAUUAUAAUUGUACUAGUAAGCAACUACAUACCUCACAAUAUAUUUAUAUCCUGCAGCCGCAAGACUUUGUUCCUUGCGAGCACCCUCCAAGCACAGAAAUGGACCCAUUAUUGGGUCACUCUCAAGCACCACCAAGUAUUUUUGCCCAAGAGGGCACAGAAGAAUCAGCACCACAGGCAUCAGGCAUCGCAACACGGAAAAUGAUAUCAUCCUCGAGUUAUGAAAACUUCUUCAGAUCGCCAGACUUUUUUUUGUAG